AUUUUAAGUGCCAUUGCACUCGCUCAAGCUGCAUACUUGCCCUCCGAGCCAUGGACGACAUUGACGCCUUCGGCUACCUACCCAGGCGCCACUACUGACCACUUUCACUCGUUUGGAAUCCAAGUUGUUUCCAUCACGACGGCUUCUUCCGAAGCUGCUUCUUCUUCCACUGCUGCUGUUGCCAAAAGAGGAGUCAUCAACCAAAUCGGCGACGGCCAAAUCCAAAACCAGUCUUCGGAGACUUUGAGCACGCCGACCAUCACCACCGCCUCUGUGAUUAACCAAAUCAGCGAUGGUCAGAUCCAGGCGCAAACCACAACCACUUCCUCGACUUCCACUUCCUCGUCGAAGAUAACGACGGCGUCUGUGAUUAACCAAAUCAGCGAUGGUCAAAUUCAGGACCAGACCACCACCAGCACGACAUCUUCCUCAUCCUCGAUGAAAACCACUGCCUCUGUGAUCAACCAGAUCUCCGAUGGCCAGAUCCAGGACCAAACCACUUCUGCUUCUACUUCCACUAACACUGCCGCUGUUGCAUCGCAGAUUUCUGAUGGCCAGGUGCAAGCCACCGACUCCGUGUUCAAAGAAGAGACCGACGGAUUUUCUGUUUCAUGCAGCACCUCCAACUCUUUGAUGAUGGUCUUGCAAAACGGUGAGUUGAAGGACUCCAACGGCAGGAUCGGCGCCAUUGUUGCCAACAGACAGUUCCAAUUUGACGGCCCACCACCACAAGCCGGCACUAUUUAUGCUGCUGGCUGGUCGGUCACGGAGGACCACUACUUGGCUCUUGGUGACAGCGAUGUUUUCUACCUGUGCGUCUCUGGUGACUUCUCCAACUUGUACGACGAGAACGUCGCUGCCCAGUGUAGCCCUGUCCAUCUUGAGGUCAUAAACUUUGUCUCUUGUUAG